UACAUAAUUGAGAAGCGAGGUGAAAAUACACCAUAUCAGAACAUACUGUACCCUCCUCUGACUUCACCUCACACAAUAUGACUACGCCUGUGCCUCUCUCUCUCUACAUGAAAAUUUGAGUAUAGUCCUCACGCUUUUUAACGCGCUUCGAGGGAUCCAUAUUCCAUAGUAGCCAUGGGAAAAUGCACGAAGAAAGCAGAGAUGACGCCUGACGUAGAUGCCUCACAGUCCUACCUCGGUAUUCGCACCCACACCAAAGCCCUAGCCCUCUUUCAGCGCCUUUCAUCCGCCCAGCUCCGCUCCCGCCGCCUAGAAAAAUCACGACGCAGCUACGGUUGCAGAGGUGAAGAAGACGCCGAAAUUGGAAGGCAUGAGGAGUUACCAAAUAAUCUGGAUUCUGAUGUUCGACAAAGUUCCACCGCGGCCAUAACUAGGACAUGUUCGAGUCGAAUGGCACAAAACGCAUAUGUUAGGAUCGCUCCUCCUGCCCAUGAACUGGAGGAGUUUUUCGCCCGCGAGGACCAAUUGGUGCAACGCCGUUUUGCCGAAAAGUACAAUUUUGAUAUUGUGAAAGAUUUGGCGCUGCGUGGACGCUACGAAUGGGUAGCAGUGAGGCCAUAAAAUGAGUGUGUUUAUUUGGAAGAAAGUAGGGCUGUUUGUUUGGUCACUAACAAUACACAUGUAGGAAUUCCCUAGAAAGUGCAAUCAAUCAUUCAAGUUUCCUACCCUUGUAAAUACGUAUUUUUCAUGUGUAAUUCUCCUUUUAAGAUCCAAUAAUAAUAUACUUCCUUGAAAA